GUGUCUUAGUAACGCUGCUCUGUUGUGUGUACUGUGGCUUUAAAGGCCGCUCCUCCCCCUCUGCUUUCCUGUGCUCUGGAGGUGCUGAAACGUCGCCUUUCUCGUCUCAGAGUAAACAGCCAUGGCCGAAAUAAAGACGGGCAUAUUUGCCAAAAACGUCCAGAAAAGGCUCAGUCGGGCGCAAGAAAAGGUUUUGCAGAAGUUGGGAAAGGCAGAUGAGACAAAAGAUGAACAGUUUGAGCAGUGUGUGCAGAACUUCAAAAGACAGGAGUCUGAGGGCUCUAGGCUACAGAGAGAGAUGAAGGCUUACAUAGCAGCUGUGAAAGGAAUGCAGCAGGCUUCUAUGAAUUUGACAGAGUCGUUACAUGAAGUCUAUGAGUCUGACUGGCAUGGAAAAGAUGAUGUCAUGACCAUUGGAAAGAACUGUGAUGCUCUGUGGGAGGACUUCCAUCAGAAGCUGGUUGACUCCACAAUCGAUACACUGGAAGCAUAUUUGACACAGUUCCCAGAUCUCAAGAUGCGUGUAGCAAAGAGAAGCAGGAAGUUAAUUGACUAUGACAGUGCAAGGCACCAUUUUGAGACCCUGCAGACUUCAACCAUGAAGAAUGAGAAAAAGAUAGCAAAAGCAGAUGAAGACUUGAAAAAGGCACAAAGGGUUUUUGAUGAUCUUAAUGUUGGCCUACAGGAUGAGCUGCCCAUGCUCUGGGACAGGCGGGUGGGGUUCUAUGUGAGCACCUUCAAGAACGUCUCCAGCCUGGAAGCCCGAUUCCACAGAGAGAUCUCUUUUCUCUGCCACAAGCUGUAUGAAGUGAUGAAUAAACUCGCUGAGCAGCACUCCGACAAAAUGUUCACGAUUCAAGGAGCACCCAGUGACUCCGGACCACUGCGAUUAGCCAGGACCCCCACCCCUCCUGAUGAUGAAAGCCCAGACAGCAGCCCUGCUGCCAGCCCCAACCACACACUGAGGCCCAUCUCACCAGGCCCUCCUAGACCCAAAUCCCCUACACAGUUCAAGAUGGGACCUCCAAAGCCUCCUCCUCCAAAAGCUACUCCAACCAGGGAGCUGCAACAAGAGCAGAUAAUAGACCUGUUCGAUGGAGGCUUUCCAGAAAUCAGUGUUUCCUCACCACAGCCAAAUGAAAAACCUGGAGAAUCUCUCCUGGACUUGGAUUUUGAUCCGUUUAAGCCUGAUGCCAAUACACCUAUCGGGCAGACCCAAUCACCCAUAUCACAGACACUCCCUUGGGAUCUUUGGGCGGGAAAUGCAGAGCCUGCACAGCCUGUAAGUAAUGACUGUCAAGAGUGUCCGGGUAGAAAACCAUUUUUAAAUGCUACUGAUGCUGGCUUCACUGCAAAUUGGGCAGCAGACUUUGGCUCUCCAUCGGCUUUGGGUGCAGAGGAAUCUGGAAAUAUCCAACCAGCAGUGGACGGGCAGGGCUGGCCACCCACUGAGGGCUGGCCCAUAGAGGCAGCACCACAGCCUCAGGGAGAGGCAGCCACAGAUGAGGAUGCAACAGUCCCAACAUUUGCCGUCGAAUUUGAUAAGAUGUCUGAGGCUCAGGCCCCAGAGGGUGAUGUAACUGAAGGAGUAGGUGAAGCAGUCCCAUCUUCAGUACCUGAGGGUGUUGAGAGCCCAGUCACUACUCCCCCUACAGACACCCAAACAGAGGAGAUCACAACCUCAAGCCCCCCUGCAGAGACAGCCUAUCUCCCAACUGAGGAUAUGGAAAAGGAGCAACCCAACCAAGAAGCACCGGAAUCUUCUCCAGUUCUAGAAGCAGAGGAGUCACCUACAGAGGCGACUCUGGCUACUGCAGAAGAUAAAGAGUCUCCCAUUGAAGAGACUCCGACUGUAGAUGCCAAACCAGAGGAAGAGGCCAGUUCAACAGAAGCCAAACCAGGAGAUCUUAACAAUGUUGAGCCCAAACCAGGCGAUGAACCAGAUAAUGUUGAGCUCAAGCCAGGAGAUGAACCAGAUAAUGUUGAGCCCAAACCAGGAGAUGAACCAGAAAAUUUUGAAUCCAUACCAGGAGAUGUUGAGCCCAAACCAGGAGAUGAACCAGAUAAUUUUGAAUCCAUACCAGGAGCUGUUGAGCCCAAACCAUCAGAUGAACCAGAUAAUGUUGAAUCCAUACCAGGAGAUGUUCCUGAUAAUGUUGAAUCCCAACCAGGGGAUGAAACCAGUAAGGAGGGGGCAUCAAACAAUGUGAAAGAGGAGGAGAAGAUGCCUAUUCCUUCCGUUGUCAUCGAGCCUGCUUCUAGUAACGAGGGUGACGAUGACCGUGAUUGUGAUAUCAUAUCUCCAUCAGCAACCAGUGACAAUGGCAUGAUACCAGAAUGCCAGACAACCAAAGACUCCUCUGGAAUGCCUCCUCGCUUCCUUUUCAAGGUUGAAACAAUGCAUGAUUUUGAUGCUGCAAACCCGGAUGAACUGGAGCUGAAGAAAGGGGACAUUGUUUUGGUAGUACCUACAGAGCUGUCUGAAGAUCAGGAUGCUGGUUGGCUCACUGGCAUCAAAGAGAGUGAGUGGUUACUGCUGGGUGCCUCGGCUCACAAAGGACUGUUUCCUGAAAACUUUACACAGCGUCUGGAGUAAAUGACCUCAGUGUGUUGUGAGAAGUCAUGUGGAUCUGGACGUUUGCAGACAGACCCAACCACCCACCAUGAAGUCUGAUGUACUGAUGACAACUGUCAAUCAGACUGGGCAGGAAAUAACACAAUCAACAAAAUGAAGCAAGUGGAGACACAAAUACUUACUCAGAGCAUAAAAAAAAAUAACCAAGCAUGAAGUGAUAAUAUGGUUAACAUUUAUCGCAAAACCCAGAUAUCCCUGUUUUUGUUUGUUUCCCUGUGAGCAGCAACAAAUUGAUGUAUGCUUUGUUGGAACUCUGGUGAUCUCCACAUGUAAUCCCUGUCUGUUUAAAGAAGAACUAAAGUGAAAGUUUCCUCCCUAAAGACAAAAAAUACCUUACCCUCUCUGCACCAAGUGUAUUGUAUUACUUUGUUGCUCUGCAGUGAAUUUUAUCAGAAUUUGUAGUGAUAUGAUCUAUUUAACCAUUCUAAGUGUUACACAGGACUUAGGUGUUUUCGUUAAGAUAUUUCAGAUUUAAAUGUUACAAUGUUAUCAUUGUUAUGGCUAUGGUGGUGGUAUUUGGCAUAUUUGAUAUUGAAGUUGUUACAGACUGGACUCAGUGUUUAUGCCAAAUUAGUCUAAAUCCUGAUGAAUAUGGAUAUCUGGUGAGUUUACAGCAUGAGAAAUGUUCUGAGAAUAAAUCUGAAAUAUUGCACUGAGCAAAUACAGCUUUACAAAACACAAAAUGUAGCUCCCUGUAAGUACUGAUAUGAUGUGUGUCAUAUUCAAAAAUACAUAAAUACAGAAUUUAUCCUUGAAUGGUUAUGGAAAUAUAAUUUGUGAAUGAUGUUUCAUGUUUGGAGAAAUUGUAUUUAUUCAACUUAUAUUUUUAUGCCAAUGAUCAUUGGGAGAGUUUGGGGUGGGAAAUAAAAAAGGGAAAUGCAAUAUAUGUGAUUGGUUGAUAGAGUAAUCAUUGUCUUCAUCGUUUGGUUCUGAGACAAAAACAGCAUCAUUCCAGUGUUUGUAUUGUUAGCCUCACUGUAGAGCAUUCUGUGAUGUACAUAUCUGUGCUAAUUUACCUAUAAAUUGAAUAAAGAAUAGUUUGU